UAGUUUCUUUAAAAGCAAUGACAGCCGGACAUCUAAAAGAUCUUCCAUACAUAGGCUUCCUAUUUGGCGUCAUGACUCGUGCGGAACACUUCAAGACUUUUUCAUUCUCUUGGAGCUGACGGAAAAAUCCCUACGCAAGUUGAUGAAAGUCACCUGACUAGCUGCGCUACAAAGAUUUUGGAGGUCGAUAUUACUGACGCGGAAUGCAUUUAUAGUGGGAGCGUUUGACUCCGGUAAAACGUAAGGCAUUGAAAAUAUACAGCCCCAUUUUCUAGCCUUAGUUGUAAAUUGGGGGAAAGAAGCUGAAAGAAGGAAGCUUUGUUUUGUAGUUGUUUUCCAGUGUUAUUCUUUUCCAGAACAAUAGGUCCAAUAUCAAUAUCAAAAGUAAUAUCGCUCUCUGACAACUGGGAUGUAAAGGGAGUUGUUAUUUUGUUAAUAAUAAUAAUAAUAAUAAUAAUAAUAAUAAUAAUAAUAAUAAUAAUAAUAAUAAUAGUAACAAUAAAAGUUAUAACAAUAAUAACAAUAACCAUAACAAUAAUAAGCUUAAUGAUAAUAAUAUAAUUAUUGUUAUUAGUAAUGGUAACAGGACUGAGUGGAGUCCAAUUCGGUCUGUAAUCAUACGAGUGAUUAACAAAAUCGGACGACCGUGUAGCGCGAGUCCGAUUUGUUUAAUCACAAGUAUGAUUACAGACUGAAUUGGACGACACGAAGUUCUGUUACCAAUUAAUCAUAACUGUAACAAAAUUUGUGAUAUAUAAAGCCCUUUUUUGAAAUCAAAAGAGAAGAAAUUCCAAUUUUUUUUGCUAGUAGUGAAAAAAAAGCCAUUCAAGUGCACACGUGAUGGCGCGUACUGUCCAAUUACUUAGGCAUGACAUGUACUGUUCUAUUAAAUUGUCCAAUUAAGGCUGAAAUCAGGGCAGUUGAUAGCCAAUCAGAUUUGAGAAUUUUGUUAUAGUUAUGAUUAUUAUCAUAACAUGCAUGCACCUCAAUAUAAUGAAGGGGCAAAGGACUGGCAAAAUUUGUUUGCUAUACUGAGGUUUUGUUAUAUCCAGGUUCUUUUCAAUAAUUAUUUGACUAUUGCUGGGUUAAAGAAAAUAAUUUGUUAUACUUAGGACUUAUUAUGGAGGUUAGUUAUAUCGAGGUUCCACUGUAGAUUGCUUGCUACCUUUCUUUCCCUGUGGAUGAUCAAUGUAAUCUAUGGAACAGCAUUGUUGCUGUCAUGGUUGUGACAUGUUAUGUAUGUACAAAGGUCGAUAUGAUUAUAUGCAGGGUUUUCGCCAAUCUUGAAAAGUCCUUGAAUUUUGGGGGAAAUCCUUGAAAAGUCCUUAAAUUUUCUACAACUUUAAAUAAUUGUAGUGGCCUGGAAAGUGUUUUUAAGACAGAAUCCAUCAGGAAAUUGAGUAAUUUUAAUUUUCACUGGACAUUUGUAUAAAAUUUUCUUGAAAGUACCCAAUUUCGUGAUGGAUUCCGUCUUAAUGCUUUUUGGUUGUCUAAAACAAAAUAUUAAUCAGAGCUCAGAGAAGUUAAAGGUGAUUUACAUAAAUGGUUUUUUGUUUUAUUUGACAGUUAACUAUCAAUUUAAGAUAAGUGAACUGAAAAAUGUAGAGAAGGUGGUAAAGCAAAAACAGUUCAAGUCUUAAAGUCCUUUUCGAAUGGACUGGGAAUGUGCAUUUUUGUACAAUCUGUGAAAGAGGCCCUGCCAGGGUAAAUUCUGACAAGUGACAUGGCCCAAAAAGUAGCGACAGCACGUAAAAUGAAGUCGCGACAAGAGACAACUUCUCUCGGCCAAAUUGCGACAGUGACGGUAAAGCAGACAAUAAUCGACAAGCAUUUAUAAACACCAACAUGAGACGUUUUAAAAUUCAGACGGGCGACAUGGGACCCCUCCUGGCAGGGCCUCAUGAAAAUACAUUCAGGAUAGGUGUCCUUUAAAAUCGAAUGUUUUCCUUAAAAAAUCCUUAAAAAAUGUUUGCAAUUUUCUGUAUGAACCCUGUAUAUGGAUUAUAUGGAUUAUAUGAUUUCUGGAUUUUGUUGUUUCCAUGGAGUUAGAAAUGGUUAAGAAUGUCCAAGGAUUCUAAGGAUACUAACAUACCAAUGCUGGAGAAAUGGGCAAGAGUUUUUGACAAAAGGUUAGAAUUAAAUAAUAUUAUUGUUAACAUUAGCAUUAGGUUAGAGUUACUACUGGCAGGUGUGACCCACAUUAAGCCCCCUAAGCCACUACCUUUGAAAAUUCAGAUAAUUUAGCUACACCCCUCACUUGAGUUACAGUUUUAUAUCAAAUGUUUUAUUUAUUAAUUAUUUCAAAUUUACAAGUAAAGAAUAUCCACUGCCUACAGUAAGCAAUUCGCUAGUUGAGGUGAGCAGUUGUUCUGACAUUUAUGAAUGUCUUUAUCAGAGACAUUUUAUAUUUUCUAUACUGAGACAAAUAUGAUGAAAAAAAUGGAUAAAAAAAAUUGUUUUAUUGUGAUUGUCUGAAUUUUGACAAUGCCACUUGGUAUCUACAUUCAUUUGGUAGCGGCAAGGAUUAAAUAAUGCUUUUAGGGACCUAGAAAAAUUUUCCAAUAAAUCUGUAAUAGUGAGAAACCAUUAUAUAAAUUAUUGGAACAUGUUUUUGGUUAAAUAUCUCUUUGAGUUUUGCCUGGUAUUCAGGUGUUGCCCUUAUUAUCAGGGAGCCAGAUUAUCAAGUGACAUGUUAGGAAGGUCAUGGGGGUUGACUGUGUGGGGUUAAUGGAGCUGCACUAUAAUGCUCUUAUGAUCAUUAGCAGUUUCAUUUUUCUUGCCUAGCAGUAAACAUUUUUGUUAUUUCCUAUUUCUGAAUUAAAUUAAUGUUGGUGUAAUCUGUCUCUUCGUUUGCAGCCUUGCAACACCUGUGCCAUCAACUGUAAGUAACUGAAAACUUGAAUGUGAUAAACUUUUAAUAAUGUUAUUUUGUGUUGAUUUCUCAUGAUCUCUUAAAAGUUACAAACAUGGCAGCUUUAAGGUAUUAAAUAAGCUAUGAAAACCUUCAAAAAUUGAACUUUCCUGUAUUUUGGAAAAUCUAGUAAAUCUAAACCUAAAAGUAUCCUGUGAAUUUUGUCUGGUAGUUGAUUCUUUCGCCUUUCUCUGGAGUAACUCACCACUGAGUUAAUUAAAGCCAACUAGAUACACAUUUCUCAGAUUUCUUCUGUGUUUUGUAACAUCAUCUACAGAAAUAGUUAUCUGUGUUUUUUCAUAGCUGUAAGUGUAUUCGCAUUAACUAUUAAAACUUGCUUACAUUUCAGCUAGCCUUAAAGAGAUCCAGCACGUUAGAACUAGAAGAUGUACAAGAAGAUGUCAGUGACGACAUUGAUAUGGGUGAGCUACAAGUCUCUGAGGUUCACUUUGCUUUAAUAAUUAGUUUUGAUGAUGAUGAUCAUAAUAAUAAUAAUAAUAAUAAUAAUAAUAAUAGUGAAUAUAAUGAGAAUAAUAAUAGCAAACAGUAAGAGUGUUUUGGUAAGCUCAAAACACAGGGUGUAGCUGAUUGUUUCUGGGCUUGAUACAUCAUGAACCUGUGGUGAAAAUUAAUCAAAACCUUUCCUGUAGCUCUGUUUAUUUGAAAAUUCUUGGGUAUUCAUUGUCUUCCUUGAGGAAAUUGAGGCUAAACAGGAAAGCUCAUUAUCAGCUGUACAUACAGAGAAUAUAACUGCAAACCCAGCUCUUAUGUUCCCAGCUUGUUUUUACUAGAGAUUGGUCAUGUGCUUACACCUCCAAAGCCUGCUUAUAAUUUCAAGACUGCUUCACGUGGUUGCUCACGCCAUGACAGAGAACAGAGGAAAGUUCUGGAAGAUAAACCGGUCAAACCAGUCAGAUCUAUCCAUCCCAAACUAGUCAAACCUGUAAGGCAAGCGAGGGGAAAAUAUGAAACAUUGGACAAUAAAACCAUUCAACCACAGAAUGAAGCCCAACAGUCUAUAUCAGAAAAGUUGGUAAGUAAACGUGUAGUCCUGGUUCAAACGUGUAGUCCUGGUUCGAGUUGCAAGAAGACUAAUUUUUGAAGGCGAGAGAAGGAAGGGGUUGUUUCUCCAAAGUCCGGCCCAAGAAAGCAAUAAUUUUGUUUAAUGUUUUCACUGAAGCUUCGUUUUCUGGUUUGGAAGCUGCAAUUAAAUUCUAAGUUGACGACUAUUAUGUAAGCCUACCCUGGGUAACAGAGACUUUUCAUGCGCGAAAGCAUCCCGCCACACGCGAGAAAUAAAACGCUGGAACCUAGGGUAUUACCAACCAGCUUAGACUAAAUAUAAAUACAAUGUCUGAUCAUGAUCUCACCGACAGUAAUUUAAGGCCAAAAUAAAUUAACUACUAGAAGACCUUGCGCAUGUAAGCAAACGGCUAGUUAUGGCUACCCACCUGCUAUCUUCAUAUCCGGCGGUGUCAGAAAAUUGAUGGUCAUCGCAUUUUGUGGAUUGUGGCAAGUACACGUACUUUCUCUUUAUAGUCACGAAACUUUCAGCCCAGAAACAGUUCAGUGUUCCCAUCUUGUUCUCAGUUAACGUUGUACUCUGUCUAAUCGCAUAUCUAAGUUGCCUUCAGAAAAACUCAGUCUCGCCAAAUUCCUAUGACUAAAUUCCGCGAUAUCAAUGAAGUAAUGGCAACUCUUAGAGUUAAACUUGGGAAAUUGUGGUCGAAUACCCUGAGAUGCCCGGAUGAUGUCUCCUUUUCAUCGCAGGUUGCUGCAAAAUCUGCAAGUUAUCAACAAGAAGUUGUCAAGGAAGUGACACAAGAGCAAUCAACAAGUAAUUAACACAGAUUCUUACAGUCAAAUAGCAUUAAUUGCCCACUUUCAGACUUGUUACACGCUUUACAAUAAUCAUGUAUUUCCAUACUUAACGAGUGGUGAUUUUGGCUAAAGUAUUUUCUAUUUUGAGUUCAUGUUUGGAGAGAAAUUGAACCCAUAUAUUUAUUAUGCCGAACACACUUUUGUGGUAUGGAUCAGGUAAGCAGUUUUUUUUUAUUUGUCCCUAAGUAAUCUUUUGCCAACUAUCAGAGCCUGAUAAUUCCAGCUUUUUCCUUUAACCCUAGUGCCGGAAUACCCAGUUCCCUUGGUUACUGCUUUCACCAUCAGCCAAUUACUGACUUUCUCGAAACACUCGCUUCCCUUAAAAGAAAACCUGUUUUCACUUAAACAACAGUUCAUGCUCCUACGUGAAGCAAGUCUCUUGGUUUCUCUCUUUAAGUGGGUUCAAAACAGCGGGAGUCAUUCUUUAUUUUGUAACAAAGCCUUGCUGAAAAGUUCGACAACUUUUAUGUAAAUGUUCAUUCAAUUAUUUCAAAUCAGUUUUCGUGUUUCAAUGUUAGAGCCAAAUAGUACAGCUUUAUAACAACUCCAGUACCUCUAGCUAAUACAGCUACACAGGUUACCUGUGUUUCGGACAGUCGAAUUGUGAUACUCUGGUUAGUUUGUUGACAAUUUAGAACCAUCUUGUAAAUCUUAUAAAAUAGUACCACAGAAAUAUCGUCCAACAGCGUUCAUUCGAAUGUUCAUACCUUCGCUUUCGAUAGAGCUACCGUAUCUUAGAGUGGAAGAAAAGGAGCAAAAAUGGUAAACAGCCAAAAAAUGUACAAGAAUGUUUGAAAGUCGAACCUCUCCUCUUUCUAUAAUCUUCCCUUGAUAUUUAGAUGCACUUUGUACAGGGUAGUAAACAGUUCUUAUAGACACGGAUAUUUGCCAGUGAUUUGACUGACAACCUAAUCUACCUGUAUUUCAGCACUAGGCUGCAAAACUGAGGCCCCAAUAAACAACACUAUCUACCUAUUACAUAUAAAAAAAGACGCGAGUGGAAGUACUGGUUACACUCAAUCUGAGCUAGAACCGCGCACGUUAAGUUACCCUUCAGUUUUUAUUUGAACUGUUUAAUCACGAUUUAAUUACCUUCACUACAAGAAUGCUGGAUUUCAGGGUUAUGUACAAACGAUACUAACAACAACAGGCCGGAAGAAUAAAACAAGAUUGUCACAAUCUAGGUCUACAAUUAUUAUCGAAUUGUCGUUUAUUAUUCUGGGAGUGGAAAUCUUGCACAGAGUAGAUUAGAUGUCUAGUUACUUAGAAAGUGCCUCAAACCGACGUCUCCUUAUUUUAAUUAUUAGAGUGUAUAGGCGUGUCGAUCGAUUCGUUUUUAGCCUUUCAAUUUACGUCAACUACUUUCCUUUCAGACAUUGGUCCGCUUUUAACUCAUGUGUCUCCAAAUCGUUCAAAAGGGCAAAAUUCCUCGCGAUGCAGACAACGUUUAGAAAGAGAGCGUACAAUAGAAUCGGCUUCAGAACCAAUUAAACCCGUCGUUCCUGGUGGAGAACCAAUCACACUGGAUUUCGCUAGGGUAAAGUAAAAUCUUCUUUAUUCUAAGAAUGCUGAGAGUUCUUUUCGCUACCUUACACUCCUCACUUAAAGUGUCAAGCAUUCGAAAGCUACUUCAGUUUUGUUUUGUAGAUAUUAAAUGAACAGUAAACGACGAGUGAAAGAAAAAACCUUGGUCAAGUGGCGCAGUUUGCCGCAAACGUGAUUCUAAAUCUAUUUCUUCGUUAAUUUCCUUGUUUCAGUUUUUUCUGUUAACUGUCGCUUUUUGAUUUUUUUUUCAGGCUCUUCGUGUCCUGUUGUUCGGUACACCGUACACAUCUUUCAAUUCAGACUGGAGAAAACAGCACAUCAACUUCUUUACUAAUAUGUCUUAUGCUUUAAGUUUUUACAAGGUAAAUUUGAUAUGGAAUUAGCUCUCGAGCUGUUUUUACCCUUGUUCGUGUUUACGUGCGGGUUAAAAAGACUGAGAUAGCAAUUAAACGUUUUCAGUUUUCCCAGCUCGUUUAAGCCUGGAUACCUCAGAUCAUGCUAAAAAAUGUGUAUGUACUGGUAAUCGCAAACUUCAUAAGAAAAGCCAUUCACUGUUCAGAAAGGCAGACUAGCGGAGGAGUUUGGACACGGUCCGAAAUGCAUCUCGGUAGGACUAAUCAACCAAUCAUAUCGCCGGAUUUUUUCGUUGUAUAUUUCAGAGGGAAUAAACAGACGCAAGAAAUCACGGGUUUAUUUGCUUUUAUUUCAAGAUGUGCAAUAUUUUCUGGCUAUUGCGCAAGAGUGUCCCCUUUGGAAAAUCAUUUGUAUCUGAUUUUACUAACUUUAUGUUGUUGUUACUGUACCUACCUCAGGCGGGUCCUGAUGGGGUGAUGGCUUGUUUACAGGGAUACCUCUUAAGAUACUUACUAUACGAACAACCCACCCUGGAUCAUGUAAAGAGGUAAGCACAUAGCCUGCGAGAGAGCGCGCGAGCGAGCCGCGAUGCCGCCUCUCGCUCUUGUGUCUCCUUGCGCGUGCCACUCACGCGUGACUCCUCGCGACUCCCCCAAAUGGAGAGCUUGUUCAUAGUCAAGUAAACACAAGGGACGUCUUUUUCCUGGCUCGUUUGCGCGUUAGAGCGUGAAAUUAAACCGUCGAAACAGGGCAGUAUGUUACUAGGCCUAAGGGGCUGCGUUUAUUUUGAGCCAUUCUUAGAUGGGCCAUUUUUAGAUAUCAUGGCUCCAUCACUUAGGCUUACGACGACAGUUGGUGUCUCGAUGACAGCACCAGAAGGUUACAUAGCUUAUUCGUUAGAACAGUGAAACACUUUGUAAUGUUAUCUUUCUUCCAGUAUAUCUCGAUAGACUCCUCACUUGAGAGAUUCUUGUUCAUCCUUGCAGCAUGUUGGCACCCAUGUCAUCCGACCGACAGAAGGCUCUGAUCACAGCUAUCGCGAAAAUGCUUUGGCAGGCUGGAGGACAAGAACAAGCAAUAGUAGUCCUGUGAGUGCACGUAAAACCAAACCGUUAUCUGUUUAGAUAGAAAGCUCUCAUUUUGUUACAUGCGUCACACAGGACAGUAAAUUUACAGAGAAAGUCUUGCUCGCUAGAACCAACAUUUCCUACGUGCGUAUCGUUCAUUGCUCAUCUCUUGGUUCUUUCGCUCGGUUACAGCUCAGGCUUCGCGCUUGGCUUAAUGAAGCCUUCUGUAACGCGGUUCCUAUUGCCAGGAUAAACUAACUAUACUACGAAACUGGUGUGUAGCCUGCCUGCCAGAGGCUCUCCCGGUUGUAGGCAGGGAGAUAGAAAGGGUAAGGUUGGGGUUAGGGUACUGUGAUAUAAGAGACCUUUGAAUCAAGGUGUCUCUGUCAGUUUCUCUCGCCUACGGGGCGCCUCAGCCACGCGCCGAGACAGCUUGCGCGCUGUAAGUGAAUAGCUGCGAAAACGUGGUUACUUUUAUAUAGGUUGUCUAGGAAACAAAAAUAAUUUGGACUUAACCUUACAACACAUUCCUGCAUUCAAGGUGCAAAUAUUCCCACGUGAAUUAGAUUCAUGUAGCUGAUAUCAUUCGCAAGAAGACGUUGGUAUACAAAUUUUGAUUCGCCCACACGAGAAACCAAAUUACCAUUGAUGCUUUUUUGAAAACCAUUGUUGUAAUAUGGUUAUCUUGGUUUGUAGACCUUGCGGUGAAUGUAACUGGAUAACAAUGGAUGAUUACAGAGAAGAUCAGCUUACUGAAAGGGUAAGUGAUCAAACCUUCGUAAUAGGCGCUACGGAAAGGGAAGCAGGAGUCUUGUACCAGCGUGAUGUGUGGAGAACGAUUUAAGGGCGGCGCUCACUGCGCAGACGAUUUGUGCAUCAUGGAAGGGUCUUAGAAUCUCUAAACAGUGUCCGCCGUUCUAGUUAAACCCUUUCACUCCUAAUACUGGCCGAGGUGAAGAAGUUCUCAAAAAAUUCCAAACAUCGUUUGUAAAAUCCUAAGAAAUAAAAAAUACCAUGCAAAAGCUCUUACAGAGAGGUUUUAUUUGAAUGGUAAUAACAUAGGAUUUUUUCCUUAGACUCAAAAUUUAGAGUGACGCAUCAUCUUACCAUUUCUAGUAAUAGAGGUGAGAGAAUUUAGAGUACAGACAAACCAUUGAAAUUCGCUUGGGACCUAACAUGCAACACAUGUAUCAUCCGGGCCCAGCAGUCAGUACUGAUGGGCAACAUUUACCACAAAAAUGUUACAAGAGAGACAUCUGUCUAGACUUUCCCCCACCCUUUGGCGGCACUAAUUUUACGCUUUCCUCUCAGCUGUGAUUUGUGCGUUGUGUUUUUUUGAAAUGGCAAGCGUGAUACUAUUUGAUUUCAGUCUGUGAUAAUCUCUGUAGAAAGCAGGUUAUUUGACCAUUCAUUUCCAUGUGUUCCCUUAUAGCUUCACCUGUUUCGAUUCACUGACUCAGCUGACCUCGAAAAAUUCAUAAAGAAGCAAUUAACUUUUGUAAGUAUAUAAGAACUAGACUACGAGCGUUAGAUUUGUAUGGGCGUUUAUAAUGGCGAGCUGAAGUCGAGCUAUCGUAAACGCCGACCGUAAAUGAUUUGAACAAAUAAUUCUGUUUCCACUGUUUCCCUCUGGCAAUUCUCUCUUUUAGUUUGAAAGCACAAACGGGAAUGGCUGCAUUCUGCUGUUAUAUUCAGUAAUUUUAUCAAGAACCGUCGAACGGUAAGCUCAUAUUUUAUAAUCCGUUUUUCUUGCCCAUACGCAAUUUUAGCACAGGAGAACCAACAAGGAUGGACGGCUUACACAGUGCUAUAAUUGUGCUUCCAUUAUUUAGACCAGGAGUCCGUUUCUCGGUAGUGUUUGUUCGGGCCGAGAAGAUUAAAUUCAAAAUGUCGGUUUUUUAAAGCCAAGCAAGAAAAUUCUAGCUAUUUUAAACAAACCGGUCCGUAUCGAGGUUUAACAAUACAGUUUUAAAAACUGCGAGUGAGCAGACGUCUUUGGGAAACUUGCAUUGGAGAUGUGUCCACCUUAUGGAGGUUAAAAAAUUUAAUGCUUAUAUCUGUGGCUGGGACCAUGACUAAGGGCUUCCUUAGGGGCGGAGGUGUACGUCAGUUAGCGGAGAUUCGACCACACAUGCGCACUACUGGCAUCAUUCUCGUCCCCAAAGCUGCGAUCCUUGUGGUCAGCGCAACGGAUCGGGAGCCGUGGCCCGACUAAAAGAUCUGGGGAAGAGAAUGGUAUUACACGAAACUGGGUUGGUGUUGUGUCGUAAAAAUGACGUAAGAUUGGAACGAAAUUAACAACAAUAUUUCAACAACAGUAACCAGCCUAAGGCGGUCUGUGAAAAGACCUGCUCACACACGGAAAUUAUUUUUGUAGAGUGAGAGAGGAUCUUGGUGACCCAAAAGCAACUCUCAUAGGACUUCAUGAUACAUGUACACAGGUACGUGUUUAGCCUUUUUUUUCGUAAUAAAACUCUUUACAGGCCAUUUGGGCUCUAACUAGGUACAGGAUUUGAACUUCCCCAUAAAAUGAAGAGCCGUGCACUCACAGAACAUCUCGUGUUCAUUUAUAAGUUCCUGCCGACAUGCAAUGCUGACAAUUGUAUUCGAUCGCAUAUAAAUCGGUGGAUUUUUUUUACCACUGGAGCAAUAAUUCCCUUCUCUGAACGUGGAAACAAACGCAGAUCAAAUAAGAUAAAUUUUGCUUCAUUAUUUUUCUUCGUUAAGGUCACGUGCGUGAAACCUAGGUAGAUUUCGCGCUCUUACAGCGAAUGCAGAUAAUACGAGGCAUUGAUUUAAAUUAUCAAAAUUCGAAGUAGAAAGUUGUAGCGGGAGUACCGUUUACAUAGAAACACGUAGCAUGCGGGUCGGCGGCAAGACUAGCUCAAUCGUUAGAGCGCUCGACUGCAGAGGUCGCGGUUUCGAUGCGAAGAGCCGGGCCAACACUCAGGUCCUAAAAUAAAUGAGAAAUAAAAGUACGUCCUUUGCCCUGCAAACGGGUAGACCUUCCCGUGGUGGUCCUUUAUCGAGUAGGAAUCGAAUGAAUAGUGUCCUCAAUACCUAAUGACUUUCAAAUAAAGUGCGGUUUUCGUAGCCAAGAGAUUGGUGCGAUGAAGACCUGUUUGGUAGAGAAAAGGGUGCUUAUUUCCCUUGCCGUCGAUGGGCGUGGUGACUCAACUAAGGUAAUCGUAAAUUAUGCCUUGUUUUACACAGGCGAUGAUAAACCUGCUGCUCACAGGCAGAGCUGUACCAAACGUAUUCAAUGGUGAUAUUGAGUACCACAAAAAUGGUCGAAAGAUGGUAGGUUACUUUUUCAUUUACUUUGUCAUUGGCCAGUUAGAAGUCGCGUUUGAAACUGGGUCGGUGUUGUGUCGAAUUGCACCAUGGGACUGUUCUGUAGUACGCCAAUUUGGAUCAAGUUUCCUGUGAAACCAAAGGAGCGAUAGCAUUACAAGAACAGUCUUAUACGGUAGUGCAGUCUGAUUCAAACCGAACCAGUGUCGAUGCUCAUCUUUAACAUAGAGACCUUUAGAUUCGAGGACGAGAUUUGACUAAAGCUAUUUUCGCGUAUUGUCAAAAAAUACCCCCCUCCCCCUUCUUCCCCCGAAGGUUUCAUUUUAUCUUUUUAACCAGAAAAGUUAGCACGGUUAACCCCUUAAUAGAAUGACAGCGACUAGUAUGUUUUCCCGCCAAAAUGAUGCUGGUUCACGCGCGCGCACUACUUAGUACUUACAAAAUGUCGUCCUCGUAUUCGUCCCUGUCUUAAAUCCUAAGGUCUCUAUAAGUGAGAAAUUGUUCCAGCGUUUCUGAAUAAUAUCGCACGCGAAUAUAAUGGGUGGACAAGUGGAUUUUUCGAAGCAGUCAAAACUCGACGUAAAAAGUAAAGGUGCGACUUUUUUUUCCUUCAUUAAAAUGGUACCUCACUGAAGGUGUUAAACUUUUGAAUGGUGGCGUUUUUAUUUAUUUAUUUAUAUUGUUUUUUUCUUCAUUAGUCUCAUCCAUUAACUGGCAUCAAAGAUCGAAAUGAAAUUGGUUUCUUGUCCACUGAAGAGUAUCACGAUCCUAGAUCGUUCCAGGUAAUGAAAGUCGGGUAAACUCUAAGAUUUAAAAAGAAGUUGCCACUGCGCCAGCAGCAAGAACGGCAAAAAGAAGAAGAUAAGGAUGUAUUAGUAAAACAAAGCCCCCCGCUCGUGCGUUUGACAUCUUGAUACAUGUACAUUUCUUAACCGUUCCCUGCGAAAUUUGAACAAACUAACAUCAUCAGUCAAAAAGGGGGACUCUUGAUAGUUCCUUGAACUGAUUAAUCUGUGGCCCUCUAAGGAAACAACUGACAUAACAAAUCAACUGUUAAAAAAUAAUAAUAAUAAAAAAAUACACGAAAUAUUGGAAGUCGAAAUCGGUCUGUUUCACUGUUCAAGUUUUCAUGACUCGCCAUUUUGAGUUCAUGUGACGUCAUUGGCUCCCAUUUUGUCAGGAAACAACGUUCUUUUUUAUGGAAUAAUUGCAAAAACUAAAUGCGGUCAUCAAAUUUACACUGUUGACGGGCGGAAAAUGUUCAUUAGUUAUUAAUCAUUGCACUUUAGUAACAGCUUUUUGUAUUGACCGCUGGUUGAAUAGGUUGGUAGCAUGCUCAAGACUCCCAAGUUUCCAGUAUGGGUUGUAAAAACUGGUGAACGAUAUGGAGUAAUGUUCUCUCUCAACAAGGACCUCGUCAACGAUUGGUCAGUAAUGUUUAUAUAUUAUAUCCUAUUCUUUGUCUUUCUCGGGUCCUACUUCAGCCGCCAUGGUUGACUGUUUUUGUGCUUUUUCUUUGCAGGAGGCUAGAGAGAAGAUUUGACUUAUUUCACUGCACUGGUUCUUCCAAGCGAAACAGUACUGCAGAUGAAUCAUGUGUAUUCGUUGUUGGUAAGACAACUUUUUUUGUUCUUGAACCUAAAGCUGAUCCGCUGCCUCGUUUGAGAAAUAGAGGGCGUGAAAUACGAGCGGCCGGGAUGUAAAGGUAUUCAUGAUUCCCAGACAAACGUUUAACUAAUAGAGGGAGUUGAAAUAAUCAUCGCACUGAAGUCGAAAAGGAUGCAAAUUUACUUUUUAAGUAACGUUUAGUCGCUUAUUUUCCUCUCAGAUACAAGAGACUUGUUCAAUCCUGAUGAGGAGUUCGGUGAAGAACCAAGUGAUGCGGAAUAUUGUAUAAAAACAAAGUGAGUUAACUAGCCCUCUGCUAUUACCGAAAAAGUAUUUGUAGAGUUGGUAGGGAAUACCUUAUUAUAGGAAAUUAACUCCUCAUAAAAUAAAAGCGAAUUUUAAAAUUUUAACGUUGAAUUACCGCGCCGUUAAUUAAGUGGAGAGUUAAUUUCCGGGACCUUAAUUCCAUUAUUUUGGCCCCAAAUUCUCAAUACACUUCUGGCCCCGAUUGUUUAAUAGUUGGAUAGCGCUUUCCACAGGAUAAAUUCAGUGGAUAUAAGUAUUAAUAAAAGUCGCGUUAAUUUCCAAUAUCUUAAUGUCGUGGAGAAUUUACAAUUUCCUAUGAUAAGGUAGAUUCGAAUACUUUCAAGGGACAAGGGAUAUAUCAUAUUUCGGAAGAACGGCCAGAGGAAUAUUAUUAAAAUUGCUCAUCUCUCUUUCCCUGUCUUGUUUGCACUCUGAUUCCUGUUUUAUAAAGCACUGUUAAAAUCUACGUUAGGUGAGUAAAGCAUAAAUAAAUCUUCUUAUAUUGCAGUUCUCGCACCGUUUUCUGUCAAAAAGCCGGAAUGGUUAUGAACUCUGACGCAGUGCAAUUUACUGACAAUAAUUUCGUUGUUAUGAAAUACAGUAAUGUGGAUUUUUUUUUUGCUGUCAUUCCUUCUACGUAGGUGGCCAGGAGCGUUGAUUGAGUUAAAAGAAGAGAAGAGCUGACAAAGGAAAAUAACGAACAACAACUGGGAAUCUGGAUUCAGGGACGUUAAUGAAACUGCGAUGCUCAUAAAUUAUAACCCGCUCUUUCCCAAGGUUUCUCCGUUUGGCAGAGAGGGCCUGGAAAUGGCGCGAAGAACAACGUUCAGCGGUUUCUCUUCUUGCAAAGAAAACCUG